AUGUCGCUAGCUUUGACGGAUCCGCCCGUGUCAAGCGAGGUGGAGGCGCCUACAGCGCGAUUCUGUGAAAAUUACCUGAGUGGACUAUCCGGCUAUGCCGAGGGUUUGACUGUCAACGAAGCUGAAUAUCACGGCCUCUUGUUAUGUCUUGAUUUACUGGAAGGAACGGAUCUGCUGCGAUUGGUGAUCUGUGGCGACUCAAACCUGGUGAUCAGCCAAGUUAGAGGCGAAAUCGAUUGCAAGGCACCUGGAUUGACGUUAUUGAGACAAAAGGCGUUGGACAGAUUGCGGAUCCGGCCGGACCAUGAAUUGGAUAGUCUGGCUAGUGCUGCAUUGGAACGGCAGUGCGGGAUCGAGGUCGAAACAGAUAGCGAGGUUCAGGAUCUGAUCACAUUGAACAGGCUGGAUGAGAUAUUGGUGGUGAAAUCGGAGGGUCCGGCAGUGCAGAUCUCGGCCGUAACUACUAGAUUGAAGGCCAGAUCCGGCGUGAGAUCGGGAUCCACCCCCCCCCCAGGUUUUGUGCGAAGAAGUGAUCAGGGAGCUCAGGAUCGAGCGGAUCUGGCAUCCACAGGACGAAGAGGCGUAGAUCCACAGUUUGAAGAAUUAUCGGGUUGGAGAAAUACGCGAUCUGACACAGGAAGAGGCCAGAUCUUGCGGAUGCAUCGGGGCUAG